AAUGGUUAGCAGCAAAUAAUAUUCGUUCAAUUAAUAACGUUGUGGAUAUUGCUAAUUUAGUAAUGUUAGAAAGCGGUCAACCACUUCAUAUUUUUGAUUAUGAUACCUUACCGGAAAAAAAAAUAGCAGUUCGCCAAGCCCACCAAGGAGAAAAAAUAACUGCUUUGAACGGCCAAGAAUUAGUGCUUAACCCGGAAGAUACUAUAAUAAGUUCUGGGGGAAAAGUUAUCAGUUUAGCGGGAAUUAUUGGUGGCCAAGCAACUGCAUUAACACUUAACACCAAAAAUAUUCUUAUCGAAUGUGCUUCUUUUAAUCCUACCAUCAUUAAAAAAACUGCUAAACGUUUAAAUAUUUCUACGGCUGCUAGUAUUUUUUUUUCUCGCCGAGCCAAUUUAUUUUUAUCUCCACAACAAGUUCUUUCCCAGACUAUUUCGCUUAUUGCUGAUACUUGUCAAGAUGAUUUAGAUUCUAAAACAAUUUUUUACUACCAAAAAAAAAGAAAAAUUCCGUUAGUAGUCAACAUUAGUCAUGAGUUUAUUAUUAAAAAAGUCGGUCAAUCACUAACCCAACAAACCAUCGAGAAUAUUUGGCAGCAACUAAAAUUCCCCUACCAAAAAGAAGAAAAUAAUUACCAUAUUACUAUACCUUUAUCGCGACCGGAUAUUACCAUUCCCGAAGACUUGUUGGAAGAAUUACUAAGGAUUUAUGAUUAUAAUAAAGUAAUUGGUUCACUUUCAACUAUCUAA